AUGGAAAGAUUCCAACCCCUCCGUCGCCGCCGUCGAACAACGCGUCAGGCGAAAGACUACAUUAAAGUCGCCCUCCGAAACCGAAACCGCCUUUUUAAAACCGCAAUCCGUCCUCGCGCACUCCCCAAAACCACCACCCUCCGAGUCACCAAUAGAUCUCUUCCACCCCUAGAAUCAACCCGCGCAUCUCUCCCCCUACACCUCAAACAACUCCCUCAACCAUCAAUCUCACCCUCCCCCUCAAUUACUGGACAUGGCACAAGAAAAUCCCCACGCCUCGCCGAAAGUCCAGUACAACUGAUCCUAAACACUCCACCAACGCCGCGACGGAACACCAUCUACCAAAAAGACAUCACGCUAACCCCCGACAUCGCGAAAUCAAAAUCCAUCCGCAUGGCCAACGCACGCAACAAAUUACGCCGCAUCGAAGGCCAUAUGUUCCGCGAAGAGGAAAUGGACGAGGAGGUCUGGCUCGGCGGGAACUUGUGGUUUCGUGUCGAGGACGAGGGACUCGAGGGCCCGGAUUUUAAUGUCCAGGAUGCAUUCCAGGAAAAUCCGGAGGCGUGUAUGAAAGUGCUGGAUUACCUGCUCGAUGACCCCGGGGAUGGGUUUUGGAAAGGCGAGAAAUUACGCACGCCUAGAUUUAAUGUGGCGUGGGAGAAAAGGAAUGUACGUAUCUCGCGCGUGGUUCAAAGAGUGAAUCUGCUGUUGUUGCGGUGUUGUUGUAAACUCAAGGGCUUGAAGAAGGGAUCUGAAUACAGCCCUGAGAGUGUCGGGCUCGGCGAUGCGAUGAUCGCGUUGUGUGUUGCGGAGAGUGCGGAGGUGGGAUAUAUGGUUUGUAAAUGUAGGGUUUAUAUCGGACUUUGUUUUCAGAGGCUGGGGAGGUGGGAGGAUGCUGUAAGGUCGUGGGAGAUGGCGGAGUUAGUGGGUGUUCUGGGGUGGGAGGGGAGGAUGCGGUAUUUGAUGAGGUCGGUGAGGAGGGAGAGCAAGGGCUUGAGGCCUUUGAGGGUUUUGGGGCGGGGGGUUAGGUUGGGGUAG